UUAUUUUUUCAGGCAAAUUUCUUGAUACACAAUGGUUGUUCAAUUCACCUCGCAGCAGGAGAAGGCCAUCGAGCAAGCCUUCAACUCGAUCGACACCGACCACAGCGGCAGCAUUGACCGCGACGAGCUCGGCACUGCCGUCCAGAAGCUCCUCGACCGCAAGGUGACCGAUGCAGAGGUGGACGAGAUGCUCGCCAAGGCUGACUCUGACCGAAGCGGCAGCAUCUCGCUUGACGAGUUCAAGGCCAUGAUGGCCGAUCACCUGUCACGAUCGACCAACUGGGGCAAGUUGCGCACUGCGCUUGGCGGCUAUGUUGGUUUUGACCAGCUCCAACAGCAACAAAACCGCAAGGCCAUGAAGCGUGGUUUCCAGUUCAACCUGAUGGUUGUCGGCGAGUCUGGCCUCGGCAAGUCGACCCUCGUCAACACGCUCUUCCGAAGCAAGAUUGCCCGCUCGACCCUUGCCGGUGCUGAGGACGCCAAGAUCCCCAAGACGGUGGAAAUCCACUCUGUCUCGCACGUCAUUGAGGAGAAGAACGUCCGCCUUCGUCUGACUGUCUCGGACACCCCCGGAUUCGGCGAUCACAUCAACAACGACGGCUCGUGGCAGCCCAUCCUCGAUCACAUCAACAAGCUCAACGAAAAGUACUUUGCCGACGAGAGCGCCGUCGUCCGCAACAUUGCCCCCGUUGACUCGCGCAUCCACGCCUGCAUUUAUUUCAUUGCCCCCACCGGCCAUUCGCUCAAGCCCAUCGACAUUGAGUUCAUGAAGAAACUCGACAAGUCGGUCAACAUCAUCCCCGUCAUUGCCAAGGCUGACACGCUUACUCUUGAGGAGCGUGCCGCCUUCAAGGAGCGCAUUGUUGAGGACCUCGACCAGCACGCCAUCAACGUUUACCCCAACGUGAACGAGGACGACGACGAGGAGGACAAGGCUAUCAACUCCAAGCUCAGCGAGCUCUUGCCGUUCGCCGUCAUUGGCAGCGACAAGGAGGUCAUUGUCAACGGCCAGGGCGUUCUUGGCCGCAAGACCAAGUGGGGCUUUAUCGAGGUCGAGAACAAGGAUCACUGCGAGUUCUCCAACCUCCGCGACAUGCUCAUCCGAACCCACAUGCAAGACUUGAUCGAUGUCACCCACUUCACUCACUAUGAGAAGUUCCGUGCUGCCAAGCUGCGUGGUGGCGCACCUGCACCUGCUGCUGCCCCCGCACAGGCUGCCGCUCCCAAGGCCGUCGUGAAGGUUGGCGGCAACUCUGUUGCUGACAGCUCAAUCUAAGCGAACAUCAAGUAAAAGAAAAAAACUAAAGCCUUGGCUGAUGUUAUUUGGUCCCCUAUUCCGAAUGGGGUAUGAUUUCAGCUCGGUGACAUGCUGUGUUUUGUUUUUUGGUUUGUUUGCUUUUGAUCGUUUGGCUUUCUUGUGUGUGUGUGUGUGUGCGUGUGUGCGGUUUUGUCUCUUUCUGAGUCUGCUGGUUUUUUUUUCUUUUCUUUUUUUUAUUAAAAACAAAAAAUCGAGUCACACAACAAAA